UCUGUUCCAUCUUCUUCUUCUCUCUCGACACAAGGCGUUGCCAGCUAAAAUCAAGCGAUUACCAGCUUUACACUUCUUAAACACUACAAACUCGCUCAAUCAGUUGGAUCAAUUCACCCUUCCCUUUCUCUCUCUAGAACUCUCUCUUUCUCUCUCCAAAUUUGAACAAACUCGCCCACGCAGUUAGAUCAAUCUCUGUUCUUCUUUCUCUAUCUAGAACUCUCUCUCUUUAUCUCUCCAAGUUUGAGCUAAUUUUGUAUGGCAGUGAGCUUUCUGGCUAGGGAGGUGUCCGACCUGUGCCUUGGAAAGCCGGCGCUGAGGUCGCUUCCGGUCUCCGCCACCGUCGCCGACGCCUUAUCGGCGCUGAAGAGGUUCGGAGAGAACUGGAUUAGUGUGUGGAGAUGUGAGCAUUCGUCCCGGACGAAGACCGAUUCCGACGCCGAUUGUGGAUGCGUCGGCAAGCUUUGUCUGGUUGACAUCAUUUGCUUUCUAUGCAGAGAAGAGAAUCUAUCUCGUCCUUCGGUUGCGCUUCAAUCUCCUGUUUCUGAUCUUCUGCCUAAGCUCCCUGGACUCGUGAGGCAUUUGGAACCCCAAUCUAGCUUGUUGGAGGCCAUAGAUUACAUCCUUGAAGGCACCCAAAACUUAAUUGUGCCAAUAGAGAGCUACACAAGCUUCAAUUCAAGGAAGAAGAUCCUCAACAAACCAUCACUAUUCAGCUCCACACUUCACAACGGGCGUGAAUUCUGUUGGUUAACGCAAGAAGAUGUGAUCCGUUUCAUCUUCAACUCCAUCGGCAUCUUCUCUCCAAUCCCAACCAUCACUAUCGAAUCACUGAACAUCAUCGACACCAACGUCAUGGCCAUCUACUACCACGACCCUGCCUCCUCAGCAUUGCCCUACAUUUCUCGCUCACUCACAGAACAAACAUCUGUCGCAGUCAUUGACAGAGAUAACAAAUUGAUAGGUGAAAUAUCACCAUUCACUCUCAAUGGUUGUGAUGAGACAGUCUCGGCGGCUAUCACGACUCUGUCGGCAGGGGACUUGAUGGCAUAUGUUGACUGUGGUGGUCUGCCAGAGGACUUGGUUCAGUUGGUGAAGGAAAGGUUAGAAGAGAAAAAAUUAGGAUCCAUGUUGGAAUUAAUGGAAGAAAUUUCAGCAUCUUCCAGUUCCUCUUCGGAUGAGGAGUCAGGUUUGAGUAGGAGUGGUGGUUCGGGUCGAUAUUCUUCGGCGAGGAGUUCAGACGCCAUCGUCUGCCAUCCGUGGAGUUCGCUGGUGGCUGUGAUGAUUCAAGCACUUACACAUCGUGUGAAUUAUGUUUGGGUUGUGGAAGAGGACUAUAGCUUGGUCGGCAUCGUGACGUUUGCCGGAAUUUUGAAGGUCUUCCGGAGCAUUGCUGGUGCUCGGACUAGUAGACCUGAAGGAGGGAAUAUAUUCAAGCAGUAAUGGAGUGCAUAUAGGUACUUACCUCCAAAGUUUAAGCUGAAGACCAAUAAAGAUACUGAAAGCAAUCCGACUGUUAUGAACUUUUUGACUUUGAUGGAGUUCCCAAAAGUUUUGAUUGUUUAAAGUUUAGAAUAGUAUUUGGAAAUGUAAUAGCUACAGAAAUUUCCAUUAUGACGAAAGUGGAAUAAUGUCAGGUGGAAAGUCGAGAAUUCUAAGUGGAGGUACAAUUGUAUCUCAAUGAUGUUUUAAACAAACUACAAAGCACAAAAUCUGAAUUUUAUAUAUCAAAUUUGAGAA